GUAUUUAAGACCUCUAACCCCUCCCACACUUUAGCAACAUAACAUUCUCCCCAGCAACACUCCUUGCCCAAUCACAGCAUGUGGCCAAUUUGCCCAACAACAGUGGGGUGGCCUUUAGGCCCCCAUCGCAACACGUGCUCUCUGUUAUGGAGAACACGCUUUACAGAACAUUGUUUAAAUAUAUCCCGGAGAAACAGAAGAGAGGGGUGGAGGGGGAACCCAGCAGUAAACAUUUUCCUCUGUUUCGUUUCACACCUCUGCUAAUUUUCAGUAAUGGCCUUGAUGACUGCCUUCAACAAUACAUAAAGAACUUUGAGAGGGAAAAGAUCAAUGGAGAACAGCUGUUACACAUUACUCAUCAGGAACUUGAAGAGCUGGGAGUCACUCGAAUCGGUCACCAAGAACUCAUCCUGGAAGCAGUGGAUCUGCUCUGUGCUUUGAAUUAUGGUCUGGAGACAGAAAACCUGCGAACUCUUUCCCACAAGCUGAAUGCCUCCGCCAAAAACCUCCAGAACUUCAUCACGGGUAGGAGGAGGAGUGGCCAUUAUGAUGGCAGGGCCUCCAGAAGACUGCCAAAUGAUUUUCUUACCUCUGUGGUUGACCUCAUUGGUGCUGCCAAGAACUUGCUUGCCUGGCUGGACAGGUCUCCAUUUGUCAGUGUGACAGAAUACUCACUGCUGAAAAAUAACAUUGUUCAACUGUGCCUGGAACUAACAACCAUAGUGCAGCAGGAUUGCACAGUGUAUGAAACAGAAAAUAAAAUUCUUCAUGUGUGUAAAACACUCUCUGGCAUCUGUGAUCACAUCAUUUCGCUCUCAUCCGAUUCUCUGGUGUCUCAAUCAGCUCACCUUGAAGUUGUUCACCUUACCAGCAUCAUGCCCAGUGAAGGGCUGGGGAUGUAUAUCAAGUCAACGUAUGACGGGCUGCACGUGAUCACUGGAACGACAGAAAACUCUCCAGCAGACCAGUGCAAGAAAAUCCAUGCAGGGGAUGAAGUGAUCCAGGUCAACCAUCAAACUGUGGUUGGCUGGCAGUUAAAGAACCUGGUAAAUGCAUUGCGUGAAGACCCGAACGGAGUGAUCUUAACCUUGAAGAAACGGCCUCAGAACACCCUGGUUUCUGCUCCUGCUCUUCUGAAGAAUGUGAGGUGGAAGCCUCUUGCCCUGCAGCCUGUUAUUCCUACCAGCCCAACUAGCAGUUGCACAACACCAACCAGCACGAUGGGCAUGGGCUCAAAAAUGGACAGCUCGACUCUCCAAGAUGUUUUCAUCCUCUCCCCUAUGUCAGGACUCUAUGGCCCCAGAGAUGAUCUUGGAAUGGUGUCUUGUGAUGAUGUCAGCAAGUAUGGCGGUGGAAAGUCUGGGAUGAAGGGUUCUGAGUCUCCCAGCUACUUUUUGGAGCACGAAAGUGGGAAGUAUUACACGUUAAUCGAAGGCGAGGGCCACCCAGUAAGCUCUGAAUAUGAAAGAGGGAGAGCGACGGGGGUGCGACGAAGAGAAAAGACACCCACACAUGGUGAUCUGAGGCCAGUUUCUAUGCCUACAGAAUACAGCUGGAUAGGAGAAUCAAAAGAGCCAAAUAUGUUCAAGAGGGGUAGCCGAGACUCUGAGAAUUCACUUCUGCGAUACCUGAGUGAUGACAAAAUAUUGGUGAUCCAGGAAGAGCCAUUGACUCAGAAGGACAACAAGCGGGAUACGGGUCGCAGGUCAAGGAAAAAGGGCAAGAACAGUGGCAGCCCCAACUAUCCCAUAAGCCCAUCCAUGUUGACCUCUUCUAUAAAUGUACGGCUUGAAUCCGGACAGCAAGAUGCCUUGAAUUUCUCCUUAGCUGAGAGCAACACUGUCCCACUUUAUCACAGAGCAGGAGAGGCAGUCGGUGGUGAUUCUGAAAGGUAUGUGAGUUCUGCCACUGAGCGACAAGGAGGCACAUCCAUGAGGAAGUCAUUUCACUAUGCUUCCCUGAGGGUAAAAAGCAAGAAAUGGCCCAAAGGAGGUUCGCUGAACAACAGCAGCAGACGAAGGAUAUCCUGCAAAGACUUGGGGCAUGGAGAUUGCGAGGGUUGGUUGUGGAAGAAGAAGGAUGCCAAAGGUUACUUCACCCAGAAGUGGAAAAAAUACUGGUUCGUCCUGAAGGAUUCUUCCCUCUACUGGUACACUAACCAGAAUGAUGAAAAAGCAGAAGGAUUCAUCAGUUUGCCAGAGUUCAGGAUAGACAGAGCCAUCGAGUGCAGGAGGAAACAUGCUUUCAAAGCUUGCCACCCCAAAAUUAAGAGUUUCUACUUUGCUACUGACUGCCUGGAAGAAAUGAAUAGAUGGAUGAACCGUUUGGGUCUUGCAGCUAUUGGUUAUACACCUGAUGACAAGGAUAUCCGACCUGAUGAAGCAGAUUACUGGAGUGAAAGUGACCAGGAAGAUAUUGAUGGCUCAUUAACUCUGAAGCAAGAGGCACCCAUAACACUUUGCGACACCUACCACCGAACACCCUCGAUGAAUUCUUCAAGCCCAUUCCCUGAGCCUAAACAAGGACGACACUUCUCCAGUGAAUCAACCUAUUCUCAUUCUUCUGCGGAAGAUUCCAGGCAGGAUGCAGCAGCGAGCACACACUCAUCAAGUUGCAGACCUCCCUACAGAGAAAGGCGUUCCUGGCAGGAUCUCAUUGAGACCCCGUUGACCAGUUCAGGGCUCCAUUUUCUGCAGACUGUCCCUCCUGACCCAGAGUACACGAGCGGACAACCCGGGUCGUCACCAGAGAGGCGGCGACAAGCAACGCUACCAGUCCAAAGACGACACAACCAUGAACAGGAUGGCCCUUUCCCAUUGGUGGAGUGCCACAGAGGCCACAGUUCUCAUGCCAGACCCCAGAAGCAACGUAGUCAAAGCCUCCCACGAAACAGAGAUGUCCGAGCGAAAAGCCGCGUAAAACCCAGUGGGAUAACAGAAGAGAGAUCUGAAGAAAAGCUGCCUGUUAGAAGGCAAAGUAGCUUGUGUGAAGAAGAAAACGCAGAAGAGCGACCACAGAGUGCAGAUGGUCUGCAUGAGUUGUACAAAGCUCUGGAGCAAGCUAGUCUGUCAGCAUUUGGAGAGCAACGCCCUUCCACCAAGCAGGAAUACCGGAGGUCCUUUGUAAAGAGAAGCAACGACCCUGCUAUCAACGAAAAGCUUCAUCACAUCCGAGCUCUCAAGAGUACUUUAAAAGCAAAGGAAGGAGAUCUUGCAGUGAUCAAUAACCUGCUCCAUGAGCCCAACUUGACAUCCAAGAAAUUCAAAGAAUGGAAAAUGAAGAACUAUGAAUUUUUCCUGGACAUUUGUGAGUACGGCGCUGUUCUGAAAACCCAAAACGGAGCCUCUGAACUUGCAGCUUCAGCCCCUCUGCUGACACACACUCAUUCCUUCAUUGAAACACACGUCUGACAGGAUGUAGCACUGGGAACACUUGGGGGCGGAGUGAGCUAGUGGGGGGACCAUGAAAAAUCCAUUGUGACAAAACACUGUAACCUGUGUAAAUAAUGUACUCAGCUGUAUUGUAAAUAGAUUGGAUAAGAAAACUCGUGCCACAGGAUGCCUAUUGCAUUGCAUGUUAAGACAGUCUUAUUUUUAUUUUAUUUUACUUUAUUUUAUUGGAUUUUUGUUUUGUUUCUGUUUGUUUUGCUGAUUGGGUUCUGCAUUGGAAAGAAGUGAAGUAUUCACUGGCAUAAUUGAAACCCCAGUUAUAUUAAUGAGUACUGUACUAAAGUUGAGUAUGGGUUAAAGGAGCUCUCUUACCAUUUUAUAUAUGUAGAUGUACUGCAUGUAGCUAUAUCUACAUAUAUAAAAUGUAACAUGAAAUAUUAUUUUUUAAAAAUACUCUAAAAUGCCCAUCCUCAUAUAUUUCUUUUCUUUUAUUUAUUUAUUUAUUUCUCUGUCUUUUUUCCAAAUUGAAAUUUUAAACCCUAAGAGCAUACAAAAAACAAACAAAAAAAAAAAUAAGAAAAGUAAAGAAAAGCAUUGGCCACUCCUAGGGAAUGAACAUUUAAAUGUUCAGCAUUUCCAGUCAAUCGUUGCUACUGUCUUUUGUGAGCAUAACAAAGGUUUCAAGUAGCAUGGAAAUGGUAAGCUUAAACCCUUUUGGUGUGCCUUAAAAUGUAUAGCGUCUAUAUCCAGGAAAAUGUUACGUUCCCUUUUGCCUCUUGAGGCGUAAACUGUACAUGCCGUUGAAACGCUGUGCUAUUUUUAUAAUAACGUGCCUGUUUUUCAGAGGAAGAACGGGCAUAGGCAACGCACAUGUGUAUGGGGGGGAGUGCGUGCUCGUGCACAUGGUACGGAAAGGGGCCACACAAAGUGGCCCGUUCAGCUCUGCUGCUACCUAAAGCAGCUUCCGGUCGCUUUUGCACCAUCAUGGGGUAGUCCACAAGAAACGUGCCCUCAAUCUGAGAAGACGGUAGCUAUUCCAGUUGUCGGCGUUUAUCCACUGUGAAUUUAGUGCCACAGACCUGUGAACCACAAGAUUCCGAUACUGUCUAUUGCUGCCUCAAAACAAAGGAUGAAGGGGGGGGAUGUCUGAACUGAAAACCGUUGUUUUCUAUAUGUACAGUGUCUGACGGAGUUAAGCGAAUCAUUCGUAUUUAUGACUUAAGUAAUGUUUACUGGAAUAAAAGAAACAAAGAGACCACUGGAAGAACUCAGGACUUAUAGUGAUUCACUAUAGAGAGAGAGGGAGAAAUUGGGGCCUCCUAGAUGAACCUUGUUAGCAUUCUCCCAAAGGCCUACAGAAGCCUUUUUCCGGUACUGGCAUAAACUGCUAGCAGUGAGCAGAGAUGGUCCAAGACAUUUGGUACCUGACGUAGAAUAUCUAAAUGGUGAUACAGAUAUAAUAAUAAACUAAAUAACUGACCAGUAACAGCACAAGCCUAUAUCUAUCUACUCAGAAGUAAGAUCCAUUGAUGUAAAUGGACCUUACUCCCAGGUACGUGCAUAUAGGAUUGCAGGCUUUGUGCCCUUAAUUGGCAUCCCCAGAUUUGCUUCCUCAGAUGGGCCAUGUUGCCCUUGUCUUGGACAGAUCUGGUAGUAAGCGCUGCAAGACAGUAUAGAACCAUAAGUAAAGGUGAGCCUCGCAGCCAGGAAAAAAUACCAUUUGCUUUAGUUCAAAAGUUUAGAAACCAUUGCAGUAUACUUGUUUACAUGAUGACUGUUAAAAGCACUUCACCACACUCUCCACACUGUUGUAGAGUCUCCAUUCAUUCGGAAGGAAGCUUUGAAUGGAAACCCCAUACAGCCUGCAGAAAAGAGUUGGGAAUGUGUAAUAACAGGGCUUGGUGGGAUGCCAUACCCAUGUUGCUUACCUGUUGCCUUUGGCAGAGCAGGUAAACUCAAAGCAUGGUGUGGCACUAGCAAUGCAUCUCGCCAUCCUAAUGUCCAGAUGGUGUGUAUGUGCACAGAUAUGACCAAUAAUGUGUAACCCCUCCCCUUAAACAUUACAUUCUAAAGAGUACCUCUGCUGGGCAUACUCACUUAAUACUCUUCAUGCAUAUAUCCCAUAUAGACCUGGGGUGAAGAACCCGUUGCCCUCUAAAUGUUGUCAGGCUGCAACUCCCAUCAUCCUUGGCCAUUGGUCAUGCUGGCUCGGGUUGAUGGGAGUUGGAGCCCAACAAUAUAUUGAGAGCUGUGGGUUCUCCAUUCUUUAUUGCACCAAAUGUGUGGAGACCAAGGGUAGGGGUACGGAAUGCAGGCACAAUCCCUAUUAUGCACCGACUAAGGCCAGUUUACUGAAUUCCAGACAGAGCAUUUGAUCGGCAGCAUUGCAUUGGAUGACUUAAGCCUAAGGAAAAGAAUGGGAUUCCUAUUUUUAAAAAUGAAGUUCACUGUUGACAAUAAUACAUGUAAUUUAUGAUGAAUUAUCUGUGAAAAAUAGGUGUUUUUCAGGUGUCGUUGAACUACAGAUCCCAUCAUCCCUGACCACUGGCCAUACUGGCUGGGACUGAUGGGGAUCCAGCGUCCAGCAAUAUCUGGAGGCGACAGUUUCAAUGGCUAUCCUUAAUGCAAACAUUCUUUCCAGCAAGGAAUGGCUGCUUUUAAACAGAUACACAAUACAUAUUGAUAUUCUUUCAAAACCCUUCUUUGGAAACCUAACCCUUUAAUACUAAACACAUUUACUUAGCACUGCCAGUUCACACAUGCACAUAGAAGCAGUAGAUUUCUUGACACAUGCAGCUGAAUGUGUGAAAUAGACUCCCUUGGAGAGCAUAGUGCCAGAAGAGGUGGGAGGUUAUGUGAAUAAAGUUUGAUCAGGAUGGGUUGACAGAAGAAUCAGCAUCAUGUCUGAGGAUGGCCUCAGCAUUGUGCUUCUUGGUGGGGCCUGCCUGUGUUUGUGCCUCAGCAUAUAUGUUGACAGGCUUACCUGAGCAGUAACGGUGAUGGUGGUCGAAUGAGUUGUGGUGCCUUGGAGGAAUCCAAUAGCGUAGAAGCCACCCUUAGAGUUUCCCACAAUACCCCAUUGCAGCACAUUAUCAGAGAGUGUUCGAAAGCACUGCAGGAAAUUUAAACAGUGACUCAAAGCCAUUUAGUAGGCUGUCUUGUUAGAGCACCAGGAAAAGGGAGCCUAGGCUUAGUGUUGUCAGUGGGCACUGCUGAGUCUCUAGCAGCUGCCUGAGGAUGCUAGUGACUGAUGCUACAAAUGAAGCAGAAUGAGGAGAUGACUAGCAGACCAUAGCAAACUCCACUUGCUAUGCAGUUUGUAUUUGCAGGAAGGUUUUGGUUGAAGGGGGUUAAAUAUGCUGGUUGGUCCUCCACAUGUAGCCUGAAGUAGCAUAGUCCAGUCUCCUUCCUCAGAAUGACACCAUCUUCUGUGAGAUAUACAUAUGCAUAGACCAACCCCUGGUACAAUGGCACACGGCUGAGGUCUCCACUCUCUUUUUCUUUGCUUUCUUUUAGCUGUAUUUUGUCUUCAUUUACUCUGUAGCGUGCUCCAUUAAUGUGAAUGACAGGAGGGUGUUUUAAAAAUAUGCUUUAAAAGGGGUGAACCAUAGAGCUGGAAGGGAUCCCACGGGUCAUCUAAGUCCAACCUCCUACAAUGCAGGAAUCUCAACACACGGUCCCCCAUCAAAUCUGAAACCGUAACAGACCCUGCUUAGCUUUGCAAAUGGGCUAGCAGUUUUAUUGCUGCACCACUAGGAAGCUACUCCUUGUCCUACAAUACGCUAUUGCCAAUUCAAAAUUGAUUUAACCAGAUGUAGCUUGUGAACCUGAAAGCUGUGCCCUUUUAGUGCUCAAGUGUGAGCACUACCUCCCUAUGCACUAGAAAGAAAAUGCACCUGCUUAUUACUCCAAGCUUGCUGGGGCCAAACUUGCUAGCAUUUUGGCAUUUAGCAGAUAUGGAUUUUUUAAAAGUGUAAAUAGCUGCCACUUGAAGGGGAAUUUUAUCCUUUUCACUCCCUGCCAUAAUCCUGACACACACACCCCAGUGUUGCUAUUUGCACAUGGAGGAAGGUUGGCAUUAAGGGGAUCUUUCAUUCUAAUGCAAACAGCAGGUGGGGGGCGGAUUUUCAUCAGGUUUCAAGUGGGUUGGUGGCUAACAUUGUUGCCUGCCAUGGUACCAAUCUUAAUUGCUUGAUCUAUUCCACAAACACCUAUUGGCAAGUCUAGCAAUCAGAAAUUUAAUCAUGCUUCCCUGUAUGUCAAGAAUAGGAACAGUGAUUUACUAGGCCCCGGCCCCUGAAAUCAGGGACAAGUUGGAAGUAAGUAAUGUCCUCAGAUGUGAAAAGCCACUUUGAGAACUAAACUAGUAUAAUAGGAAGGAAGGAAGGAACAGAAGGUUAUAGAAUCAUAACUGAACUCAGCUAGAAGGCUGCCCAAUCAAGUGAGGUCAUGAGAUAACAGAAAUCCCAAGCCAACAUGUUGGGGGUUUUUUUGUUGUUGUUUUUUGUUUUGUUUUUUUGAUGAGGUGGAGAUACCCCUUUGCCCAGCUCCGCUUGGUUCUGGUGGCAUCCACCAGUGUGUGAGCCUCAAGGAACAUCCCAGUGUGCCUGCCCAAAUGCUGUUGAUAGAGCAGACGUUACUGCUUGUGGUAGCCAUUGGAAAUAGGGCACUUCUGGACUAGUGCAAUGUUCACUAGAUCCCGAACCAUUCCCACGGCUGUCACAUGAUGGCAACAGCUCUGACUGAGGCCUCUUUGCUGCGCUAGCCUGGAAGCUAGUGUAACAAAGGGUCAGUUUUACUCUCCUCCCCUUCUACUUUGGCUGCUGCAAAUGGUGAAACUAUGGCUGCAGCAGUAGCUCUGCCACUCCACCAAACCCUGCCACUGCUAGCUAUAAGCUGCAUAUUGCAUCCUAAAAGUGAAAUUCUGUUUUUCAUGGACAGAAAAUAGAUUGGCAUCUACUGGUAAAUCUCUGGGAGAUUUGUAGUAGAUCUGCAAGGGUUUACCAAUUACUCAACAAUGGCAACAGAAAAAGGCUUGCACGCACCUAUGCACAAUCUGCAUAUUAGUUAGAAUCAGUUACAGAUAGGUAGCCGUGUUGGUCUGCCAUAGUCAAAACAAAAAAUUU